UAUGCAGUCUCCUCCUUCACUCCCAUGCGGGAAAAAGCUUCGGCGCUCAUCACCGGAAAUACUUUAAUCCAUCUACUGAAUAUCAAACGCGUCACUUCGCUUAUUUGGCCAAUGGAAGACAACAAUUCCGGGCCGUGCUGACGUAAUGUAGGUUGUUUACCGCGCUAAGCAUCAACCGUAGCGGCAAAUCGGGGCUUUAACCUCGAACAUUGUCCACUCCAUUCCCUCCCUCGCUACUCUCCCUUAUUUGUCAAUUCUCAGCUGUGCGAUACCCCGGAUUUGUUUGUUGUCUUUCGUUGCUGCACCUGUAGACGGACGGCCCCAUUGACUUGAGACGCGGUCUUGCUGGCAAAUUGGCUCGCGUCCAAUCAAGAGUGCUAGCUUGGGUUUUCGUUCGCCUGCCAACAAAAACCCCCUACCCUACCUACCGCCCCUCAUUCGGUUUCACAUUGGCAGUACAACAAGUCAUUCUUUCGAUCAUCUUCUACAAAAUAACUUUCUGGGCCCUUUGAGCCUUCUAUCAAGAUGGAGCCAAAUAACGGAAACAGCAAUAACAACAAUAAUAGCAACCGACUUCAUUUGAAUUUCGGUUUCAAUGAUCGCCCGUACACUGCCUCCGCAAACAACAGGGCUUAUCCAACCACACCUUCGACCUUCCCUCAGCCGAUGUACCCCGGUGGCCAGGAUUAUGUCGAUUCCCAGAGUCCUCACACGGCCUUCGGGCAAGGCUAUUUCAUGAACAAUCCGUAUGCCCCCCAGCAGCCGCAUGCUCAGGGUCACCCCCAGGGGCAGCAGUACGGUCAACAAACCGUGCCUUCACCACAUGCAGCCUACCAAACUGGUCCUGGGUAUCAGGCAAAUGAUGCAACAAAUGGUCUAAUUCAGCAAUUUUCGAACCAGGAUUUGGGUGGCGCUCCUCCCAGGGCUGGAAUGUUUGGCCGCAACCCGGCUCAAGGACAACGUCCACGGACUGCUGGGGCUCAGCCAUCGCCUCAAGCCUCAGGAUAUGCUGGUCCACCAAUGCCAACCCGUAGCCCUAAACCUACUGGGGAAGAGGAAGAAUUGGUGAGAUGUGUCGAGAAAUACUCGGAGAAUGUGCAUAAACGUGGCAGAGCCGCGAAGGAACUUGUUAAUGUUUUCUUUCGUGAGAACAUCGAACGUGCCCGUGACCGUAACCUUCGAGCUGUCAAUCUCGACAAGGUCUUGACGAACCCAAGUCUUACGGAGGCCCGCAAACGCCAAGAAGCGGAAACUGUCGCCAAAAAGGAGGCAAAUUUUCUUCGCUUCAUCCGGACAAGAGAGACGCCGUCCAAUUUCCAAACUCUAAAAAUCAUUGGCAAGGGUGCUUUUGGGGAGGUCAAGCUGGUACAGCGAAAAACUGAUGGCAAGAUAUAUGCCCUGAAAUCCUUGGUCAAAACCGAGAUGUUUAGAAAGGAUCAGCUUGCCCACGUACGGGCUGAGCGCGAUAUUCUCGCUGAUUCAAAAGAUAGUCCAUGGCUUGUGAAGCUGCACGCAUCCUUCCAGGACAAGGCUUACCUUUAUUUACUUAUGGAGUUUUUGCCUGGCGGUGAUUUGAUGACUAUGCUUAUUAAGUAUGAAAUCUUUUCUGAGGAUAUUACAAGAUUCUAUAUGGCAGAAAUAGUGAUGGCUAUAGAGGCGGUUCACAAGCUCGGGUUUCUUCACCGUGAUAUCAAACCGGACAAUAUCCUCCUAGACCGUGGUGGACACAUCAAGCUCACCGAUUUUGGUCUGUCCACUGGUGGGAAAAAACAACAUGACAAUUCAUAUUACCAGCAGCUUCUUAAAAAUACUUCUGCAUCCAAAGAUAAGAACCGGAAUUCCGGCUUCUUCUCUGACGCUAUCAACCUGACUGUGUCCAAUCGUGGCCAGAUCAAUACCUGGAGAAAAUCCCGUAGGGCUAUGGCCUAUUCGACUGUCGGAACCCCUGACUAUAUUGCACCCGAAAUCUUCAAUGGUCAGGGAUACACAUAUUUGUGUGAUUGGUGGUCUGUCGGUGCUAUCAUGUUCGAAUGCUUGGUUGGAUGGCCCCCAUUUUGUGCCGAAGAGCCCACCGAUACUUACCGGAAAAUCGUAAACUGGCGCGAGUGUCUCUACUUCCCGGAAGAACUGACACUCUCGCAUGAUUCUGAACAUUUAAUAAGAAGCUUUCUAUGCGACCCUGAACACCGCAUUGGUCGAGAAGGCGGUGCUCAGUUCGGAGCUACACAAAUCAAAAACCAUCCAUUCUUCCGCGGGGUGGUCUGGGAUCAGCUUCGCAAGAUUCGUGCGCCCUUCGAGCCCAAGCUUACUUCGAAUGUCGAUGUGUCAUACUUCCCAAUUGAUGAGAUCCCACAAGAGGACAACUCGGCCCAACUCCGUGCCCAGGCUCGCGCCAUGCCAGAGGAACAGGAGGCUGAAAUGAGCCUUCCGUUUAUUGGGUAUACAUUCAAGGCCUUCAAUGCCUUCCAAGCAAGCUAGAUUACAUGUAUUUUUUUCAUUUGUUCGAGAGUUUUAUCUAAAACCAAAUGAAUGAAUGAAUGCUGAUUGUCGUGUUAAAUCUAACUGCUUGAGUUGCGCCUCGUUGCUUGCUGUUCUUUUUUUCUUUUUUCUUUUUCUUCUUUCUUUUCUCUGCAAUUUUUCUGGUUGACACUCCUUCCAAUCAGCGAAGCCUCCGAGAUGCAAACCGAAUACAUGACCAACCAAUUACGAUCAAGGGCGUACUGCCCCUUCACGAACAUGUUUUAAUCUUACAUUUUCUUAUUUAUCUCAUCUGGGCUUUCCUGCUGCUUUUCACCAGAUUUCCAACUGUCCGUAUGAGGCUGAUCUGUUCAGCGAGAUAUGGAUAUUUUGAACGAGCUGGGUGUUGGUCAAUAUCGGACAUGACACAUUUUGCGUGCCUUAAGCAUCCUAGUAAUGGAACUUUAUUUUAACUGAGCUUGCAUAGGUUAGAUCACUAGCUCAUUUGGAGCAUAUCAUAUUUGCUAUGACAAUACAGUGUGAUUUCCUCUAUAUUGCACUCGCUCUGAACGAAACCAUGGUCAGGGUAUUCUAACUUACAUCACAAGAGAACAGAGCAUCUUCGCGAUAUCAUGGAAUAGAAUAACGCAGCGCGCAAAGGUCAUAUUUGAAUAAGUUUAGAUAAAUCACCCAUAUACGAAUGUAUUAUUAGCCCAUAGCCCCCAUUAUUUUAAUGCAGGUAUCGAAAUCCCUUUGGCCAAACUCCGCGCAAUACCAUAGAACUCCAUCGAGAAAAUAACAGAUAGAAAAGAACGCAGGCGAAAAGUGCCACGAAAUGCAAUGACUACAUCAAUCAUCUUCGUACAGGUCCAAGACCCGGCACGCCAGAAUACCGCUCCUCCCGUUCCGUCUUGAACAUCACCUGUAUCCAAAACUCCUUACUAUCCUGAUCAAACCAAGUCCAGAACUUCCCCUCACUCCGAUCCACCUCCCUAGCUUGCAGCUUGAAACCGCAUGUCUGAUACGGCUCCGCCGCAACAAGCAAAUAUUGGAAAUCCUUAUCCGGUGGGUCAUCAACCUUCUGCUCAAAGGCCGACAUAAACCGCACUCGAGGUACUUCCCCCGGUGUGAUUUCCUGAUACUGCAGCUGGAACAGCAAUCCAUGCUGCCUCGUGAGCGGAUCUCUCGUCUUGGUGAUUUUAUAUCCCGGCCGGCCAAUCUUGACUGUGUUGCGCUUCACCUGCACGCCCAUCGCGGCGGGUAGGAGGGAGCCAUCUUGCCCCUUGCCCUCCUUCUGUUCGCGAGCAGCGCGGCGGGCGAGGUUGGUUUGGUGCUUGCGACCCUGGGUGUGGGCAAGGUAGGAGCCGUCGUUUUGGUGGACAGUUAGACAGAGGCGGCAUUCAAAGCUGCCUACAUGGUUUUUGAAGAAGUAGGGGUCCUUUUCGAGGUCGAUGUUUUCGAGCGCCAGUUUGCGGAGUCGUUCGCGCCGGUCAGCGUUCGUGGCGGAAUGGGAGGCGACGCCUCCGCCUCCGAAUUUGGAGCCUGCGCGGUUCUGUUGGGAGAUAGUUAGAACAUUGCUUGAGUUAGGAGUGGAGAAGAGAAGUUAAGAUGCGUGUCUAAAUACCUGAUAAUCCAUGAUAAUGGGUUCCGGAGGGAUGUGAUAUUAGCUUUGAGUUGAGAUUGACCAGUCGAGCUCGGAGGCGCAUCCAAAGGGUUGAAUGUAUUAUCACGUGAUAGUUUUGAACAGUUGCCAAGAGAAAUCGCGGAAUCACUGGCAAGGCGAACUUUCACUCCGCAUAGUAUAAAUC